CUUUGAUUGGCGUCACAAAGAUGUCAUCUGCUGUUGUGUUGUGUGGUACUGACAAUGUUUUAUGUCAAAAGUAAAUAGUCAUUUCCGUAUCGUAAACUAUGUGAUUACUGAAGCAGUUUAUCAGAGGGAAAGCAUGUCCUCCCCUGCAAGAGGAAAAGGAACUUUCACACGCCUGGAAAGAACUAUAAACGUAUAACGUUUAGUAAUGGCUGGAUUUUUUAUGAAGAUCACUGCAUAAAGAAAUGGCAAAGAAAAGUGUCGAAGUCCAGGUUUUUGAUAGUGAUUUUGCACUUCUACUUCGUGAGUCCGUCACUUAUGAGAUCAAAAUGGAAUCCCGCCCCAAAAGUAAAUUUCGCACAUUUGUAUUUGUAUGUGUCUUAUUGGCGGUGACAGGUAUUGUUUAUUUUGGGUACUUCUGUCCAGAUCAAGUUUGCGCACUCUCGUCACGAGAAACAGCUUGGUCGGAGUGGACGUUUCGCACGCCUAUUCAAGAUAAUUUAGGAAAACCUUUGCAAACUCAUUCAGAACCACUGAGUUCGAAAUUAUCAAAUCCAGGCCUAAGUUACGAUGAUGUUCUUAAUGAAAAUUUCCAGUUUGAUAUGAAAGCUCAUGACGUUAUGGUCUUUCUGCACAUUCAAAAGACAGGAGGUACGUCAUUUGGAAGGCACUUGGUGAGAGACUUGGAUUUGGAGAGGCCAUGCACAUGUCAAAGGAAAAGGAAACGCUGUUAUUGUUUUCGCCCAAAUCGCAAGGAAAUUUGGUUAUUUAGUAGGUACUCCACGGGAUGGAAAUGUGGGCUUCACGCAGACUGGACAGAAUUAACUAGUUGUGUGGAUUCAGAACUUGACAAAAAUGAAGGUGAUAAAGUCAAAAGACGGUAUUUUUACAUCACAUUGUUGAGAGAACCAAUUAGCCGAUAUCUUUCUGAAUUUCGUCAUGUACAGCGGGGAGCCACAUGGCGAAACUCAAGGCACUGGUGUGGUGGUCAUGUAGCUACUCGAGAAGAGCUGCCUUUGUGCUACAAAGGCGAUAGCUGGAAAGGGGUGACACUGGAUCAGUUUGCAGCAUGCCCUUACAACCUUGCAGCAAAUAGACAAACACGCAUGCUUGCUGACUUGGCUUUGGUGGGUUGCUACAAUAUGAGUUAUAUGUCUCCAGUUGAGCGUGAUCGUGUAAUGUUGGCAAGUGCGAAGAAGAAUCUAGCAUCUAUGGCUUUUUUUGGAUUAACUGAGUAUCAAAAGAUUGCGCAAUAUGUAUUUGAAGAAACUUUUAACUUGAGGUUUGCUGUUCCAUUUGAACAACACAAUGCUACAGUGUCAAGUGUCACUCUCUCAAUGAUCAGACAAGAUCAGUUAGAAACUAUCAGACGUCUAAAUGAUCUGGAUUUAGAGCUAUAUUCCUUUGCGAAAGCUCUUAUGUUUCAGCGCUUUGAUCGCUUAAAGUCAAAGGAUCCACUAUUUAAAGAACGAUUUGCACAUUUAGGUGAACUGCCUGGGAGACAGAGUGAUAGCUUUGAUUGGGAUCAGGUCAUUUAUGAUGACAAUAACAUAACACAAAAGUAGUGGUGUAGACUUCACGACACUUACUUUUAUAUUCUGCAUUAUCAUCAAUGCACAUAAUUAUUUUCUAUUCAUGCCAUGAUGAUGACAUGAAAUCUUAAAGUGUUAGAUGCAGUGCAUUUUUAAUGCUAAUAACAGCUAAUUGUGACAGCUCUGUAAAUAUGUAUUGUGUUUUUGUACUUAAUGUACUGUUGUUAAUAGCUAAUGUACAGCUAAGAAGAGUUAAUUUCACAUACCAUAGUUGUAUAUAAUUGUAAAUUUCCCCAGUAUAAACCAAGUCACAUCUGUUGCAGCUGAUGCUAUUAUCACUUCCAGUUUUAUAUGUGGUGAAUCAGUUUUUGAUAUGCCUUUCAUCUUUAUUAUAUAUUAUGUUACAAAACCUUUGAGAAUUAUGUACGCACAUCUUAUUGAAGUAUUUAUUAUAGAUUUGUUGUUGAGUUGCAUUUGAGACUAAUUAAUAUUAUACAUCAGCUGCAAAAACUCUAAAGAAAUAGAAAUAGAAUUGUAUAAGAAUAUUCACAAAGAAUACUUUAUUUAUGAGGCUGUGUAGUUAAAUAAAACACACACACACACACACACACACACACACAAAAUCACACGCAAUCAGUGUGUAUAUAGCAUUAGAUAUGAAAUAACCAUUUGAAAUUUCCAUUGAAGUAACAUGGUUAAUAACAGGCCACAUUAACCCUUGACCUUAUGGAAACAGACUGUGAUCCUUUAUGACGUGAUGAGUUAAAGAUUGACAUGGUUAACAAGUGUACAGAUUUGUGGGUACUAGAGGUGUAACAGGCAGAAAGAGGUCAAAUUGAUUUUUCUACUAAGCUAAGGCUAAUAAAGUUAGUAACUUGCUGUAGGGGAGUGAUUAUCAGAACAGGAGGACUCAUUAUUGUUCAAAUCGGAGGUGUUUCCAGUGAAGACAGGAAACUAAAGGACUUAAGAACAAAGAAAAGCGCCAAAAGAAAGCAGAGAAUAGGUAUUCUGUGAUAUCGUAGAACAAGUUAAUACACAGUAGAAUUGAGAAUUUACACACCUGAUAAGCAUUGACAGGGUUCAUGUGCAAAAACCUGGCAUCAGUACUUUUGGAUGAUGGUUUCAAAUGGUGUGUUUUGUUGAGAAAACUUAUGGAUGGGUGUAAUGAAAUAAUUUUUCUGGCAUGAUUGAUUGAUAGUAUGUUUUGGGGUUUGCAGAUGAGUUGACAAUUCCAUUCUUUUUGUAGAGUGUUUGACCCUUACCUGACUCGUACUGCAAGUAAUGUUUCUGCCACUGCUCAGUACCUGAACUCCAAUCAUACUGUAAGGGAAAGAAGGGAGUGUGUGCACUUCCUUUUCUGCACCUGUCCCACUGUUCCAUGAAAUGUUCAUUCACUCAAUGUUUUCUUUUUUGAAGGUGAGAGAAUAUAAAUUGAGUGACAGGUCCCAAGACUUGCUUAGAUUGAAACAUCUUUGUUUCAACAGACCCCUGCUGUCCCUUACAGUACGACUGGAGUUCAGGUAGUGAGCAGAUGCAAACAGGGUGCAGUGUGCAAAAAGAGAAAUUGUUAGAUCAGUUUAAGCCCAAACACAAAUCUUCAGAAUAUGUUUUGGCUAUGUUUCCUCAUGCCAUAAAUUAUUUGUUCUUAACUGUGUCUGAUGCACAUAUUUGUUUAGGCAAAUAGUGCCAUUUUUGUGAAGGUGCAAAUGAUGCCUUUGUCUUGAUCUCAAAUGAUUUUGCACUGCAACAGAUUUUCAUUUGGUUAGCACAAAAAUAAAAUUCAUAUUUCAAAUUACCCAAGUGACAUUAACUUUUGAAAGAAAAUGAAACUGUCAUGGAAAUCUUAUGGUUUAACAUUCACAAGAAGACAUCACAAAAAUAUUAACAUAUUUGGCUGUGACUCCCAAGUGAUUUAAUAUUGUUCACGUGCAUAAUAUCUCAACAUGGUAGUGUUUUUCUUUAUUCAUUUCAUUCUUAUAAUCGUUUUUGACAUUUGUCUAGUUAAGAACAACACAGUCUGUAUAAUACAUAUCACCAUAUGUUUUCAGAUUAACUUCAUAUGCAUCUCAAAUUGUAUCCUUAUUGUGUACAAAUUUCAUUAUAUUACUGCAUACUAAUGGAAUUAAUCAGUUUUUCCUCGAAGAAUAUUUUGAGGGUCUUUCUAAAAUGAAUAUUUCUCGCUCGUACAGAACUUGUAACAGUUUGUAUUUGUGAUAACAGCUAUGUAUUUUUUUACACAGUUGUACAAUCCAUUGCUUCCAUUGGAUAAUACCAUCUCUCUGAAAAACUGUUUCAGUUUGAGUGCCAUUUACAUAUUGUGGAACAUAUUUUAUGAUGGCAUUACUUGUUAAAUUGUGUCUUGAUGUUGUUAUAUUCAGAAUGACUUGUUAAUAUAAUUCUACAUUUCUGUUAAGUUUUAGUAUUUUUCUUUAUCUUUAGUCAUUCUUAUGCAAAAAAAUUUUGAAACAUGGAUUUCAAGCAAAUGAUUUUUUGCUCAGGUAUUUAAUGAAUACAUGUUAGUGACAAUGUGUGUAGGAAGAUGCUGAAUCAGUGUUAGUUUUGCUUGUACAGUGCAUAUGAAGUUGUCUUACGAGAUUACCUCCUAUGGAGAGAAUGUACUUGAAUUUAUUGUAUUCUAAGCUUGGCAGGUGUUUUUUAGUGAGUCACCUGGUACCAAAUAACUGCAGAUACUGAAACAGUCACACACUGUCAUUACUUCUUUACUCCCUUAAUAUUUUUUAUCUGUUAGACUUUAGUAUUAUUUGAACCUAUGACUGAAAGCAAUUUAGCAAUAACUUUUUUUAGUUGUCACUUAUGUGUUUUUGAAAAUCAUUUCAAGUAGCAUCUUGAUAUCUGUGGGACUUUGACUACUACUGUUGUCUUCCAUCACAUGAGUGUAGUGAACUGGUGCUGGAAGUCACAAUAGCCUACAUGGUGUUGCAUAUGAAUUCUACUUUUAUUCUCUAUUCUGUUCACUUAGUGUAUGGUAACAUUUUUGAUUGCAGAGAGAGAGAGUAUCUCUUAUUUUAUAUUGUAAUAUAAAAGUCUCUGAUCCCCAUAAAUCAAAUUUUUGUGUGCUUUCAAAAGUAGGACUGGCUAUAAAUGGACCUGCUGUGUAUCAUCUUAAUUUGUAUAUGUACCGUGGCAAACAUCUGGAGGUACUUGUUUCACUGCAAUGUGAUAUAUAGUUCUAUUACUACCACCACAAUUUUUUUAUGUCGGAGAGAUGGUUCCAGUGAACUAUUAAAGUGUGGAAAGUAUUGAAAAGAUAAGCCUGCAGUUACGCUAGCAAUAAAUUUUACAGCAUUAUAAUUGUGAAUGACAAUCGCUAACAGUCCAAACUUUUAAUCAGUCCUCUCUCAGGUUCCAUCAUAUGACUGCUUGCUGGCAAAAACGAUUUUACAUAGGCAUACAAAUGAUGCCUCAUGAGGUUGUUGAGUGUUUUUAGUAUAAUGUAUAAUACCCAAAAAUUGGAAAGAUUGUAAUGCCUUGAAAUCAUAUGUUCAGAUGUUGAAAAGUAAAAUAUCUAUCUCAUUUUUUCGAGCUUAUAGUUUGGAGAGAAUGAUCAUACAUUAAGACAUUCUGUGCACGUCAGUAUUUGGAAUUCAUUUUACAGAUUCUGGUAAAUAACAUUUUUUUAGCAUGGGAUGCAGUAAUCUGCUUCUUAAUAUUCAGUAUACUAUUUUGAAUGGAAUGUGUGUUCAGCACCCCCAACUAAUAAUUAUUUAUUCCUGAAGAAUUUACCACAUUAAUUUUUCAGAAGAAAAAUAGAUCUGUAUUCUAUAUUAAUAAUAUUUUGUCAUGUUAAUACUAUUUACCAACUUGCCACGAUUUGGGUCACUUUGCUAUGAAAGCAUGUACAAUGACAUUUGCUGCAUUGUUUGUAAGAUCAGUAAAAAUUCUGAUCUUGUUAGAAAUUAAUGUCCUUAUUAAAAACCAACAAGUGUGGACAGUUGAGAAGAAGAAUAGUGAGGAAGUAUUAGGUGUAUGUUAAAAGGAAGUAAUGUAUUAUUAGAUUUGUUUGUGGAAAGGACUGUCCUCUUAAUCAGUCUAGCAUUUUAUCAUUAAAGAAAACUAAACUGGUUAUCUAAGUACCAUUGGACUGAGUUAAGUGCUUUGUCUGACAAAAUUUUUAAUAACAGCUUGUAAAACUACUUUAGAUGCUGGAAGUAGUGGUAGGGAAACGAGUGGAUAAAGUGAAGAUUAAGAGAUUAAAUCAUCUGAAGAAGAUAUGAGCUAAUCCAAGUAGACAAAAAAGUUGUAAAAAAUUGUUGCUGGCUAGACACUAUUCAGAGGCUAGAGAUAAUUAAUGUUUGAGUAAAGAAUGGAAAUUCUAUCAGUUAUGAGGCAAUAUAAGAAUCAUUUGUGAAGUCAAUAUCACCAUAGACAAUGAAAGUGUUUUACUAUGCUACCUGCUUCUAGGGUGCAGUGAAAUUUGCUUCUUAUAGUAGAGCAUUGCGUGUAUUGGGCACUACUGACAGGUAAAGGCUGAAUGCUCAAGGGGGAUUAAACUAGAUUUCUGCCUUUCAAAAACAGUUGUUCUUUCAACUGAAUAAUGCAACCACACCACAAAGAAUAACAUACUGCUUCAAUCUGUGAUUUCCUUUCCAUUAUUUUCACUGAGUGAAGUGGUACAUUAGGGAGACAUUGGCCUUGAAUUUGGAAAAGGUGCAGUUCAAAUCCCUGCCCAGGCAUCCAGAUCUGUGUUUCACCAUAUAGUGGAGACGCUGAGUUGCAGAUACGCAUUGUAAAAAUACUGCCACAAAAUGAGCUUUCGGCCAAUAAGGCCUUUGUCAAAAAUACACACACACACACACACACACACACACACUCUUCAAUCUGAGCUUGUACUUUGUCUGUAAUGGCCUCAUAGUGAAUGGGAUAGUUAGCUGUAAUCUUCCAUUCUGGCAAUCUGUGCAGAGGCUUCCUUGCUAACACUUUAAAUAACAGUGUUGGAUAAUCAGCUACUGCCAUCAAAGCGUUACCUGAGACUUUUUUUUUCUCCCUUGGUAUAAAUCCUCUAUUCAAAUUACGCAGUUGCUAAAUGCAUAUCUAAAGGCCAUGCAAUAAAGAUUUUUCCUACUGAAAAAUAAGUGCUACAAGAGAAGUGCUCUUCUCCUCCACAUUAUAUUCUUUUUGCAUUAUAUUGUGAGUGAGUUCCUAACAGAUUAGGUGACUAGCUUUUAUUGUAGCAACAGUUAAGUAGUAUUCAGAUCUGAGAAAAUUCCAGGCCUUGCAACUCUCCUAAGUUAUGGUAACUUAUAUUUAUAUUUCAAAGGAACUGUUAAAAAUAUAUAAGGAGUCCAUUUCACGUCACCCAGUAGGUAUGCCAGGGCCGGAGAGAGCAUGGAGGUGAUUAGAAGCAGGACUUGAAAGCUGGAAGGUUUAGAAUGAUACAAACGAUAAAAAAAAAAAAAAAAAAAAAAAAAAUGGGAAGACUAAGAUGGGAAGAAGCAAAGCACACACAAAUCAUAUGGACUCAAGAUAGUAAAAUAUAACAUGAAGUGCAAGUUAAAAUGGGAUCAAAACAUACUUCCAUAAUGGUUGACCACAAGUCCAAUCCAUGCACAUAAUGUUUACAAUAAUUGACCACAUAUCUGGCGUAUGCCCAUAAUCACAGUACCUGUUAAAGACUGUGGUAAUGUGUUGCAGCCUACUACCAACCUUCUUGCCAUAUUUGGUGCUAUCCUAUUCAUUUCUUUAUCCUGCAGUACGUCAAGUUUUGAUGUGAUCACUUCUAGUAAUUUUUUUGAUUAGAACCCUUGUUAGUCUUUUUGCCGUGGACUAGCAUUUUUUCCUAAGAGUUUUGUAGAUUACAUUUCUUAGCUUGUGCUUAUUCAUGUUUGUAACUAACAUGGCUCGCAUCCAUGAAGGUCUUCCUGUAUGAAGUUCAGCAUAUCUCAGCUGUACCCUUUUCUUUUUUCCUUUAUUGCAUUUACUGUUUUUUUUUUUUUGUUUUGUUUAGUUUAUGAAAAAAAUGUUUGUGCAAAAUUAUUGUAUGUAUAAAGACAUUCAUCAACUUCAUGAAUGCCACAGGAAACUGUGAUUACAAAAUCUUGUUUAGUCCACUGCAUUAUUGUCCUCCUUAAGAAGCAGCUGUUUGUUGUAAUUAUUUUAAUGAACAUCAUAUACUGUAAAAGCAUUGAGACAUGUAACUCUAGUUGAAAGUGGCAGUUUGUGACUGUAUAAUUACGAUGUGUGCAAAAUCAUGAUGCUGUGGACAUAUAAUUGCAGGGCCAUCAAAUUUAGCAAUAUUACCACAAUUGUCUCCUAGGCGCUAUUACCUGGAUUCCAAAGUUAUAAAAAUUUGCAGAGAUUAAAUUUUGAUUCCGUAUUUAGAGAAUAGAAUGUUCAUAUGAAUUGGUGAGUUGUAAAAGUGGUCAUGUUUCAGAAAGUAAAUUUUUCAGAAGGUACAAAAAACUUUUUUUCUACACAAUGGGUUUAAAAAUGGUGUCAUGGAGUUACUAUAUAGCAAUUGGCCCCAGGUUGAAACAAUAUAUGAGGGCUCUUUGGUAAAUAAGUUCCGAAUAGUUGUGGAAUGGAAAACAUUGUGCAUAUCAAAAAUGUUUUAUUUGCAACAGUUAGCUAUAGCUUCCAGCUGCUUCUCUAUAUAGUCGCCACCCUGACUUUUGUUGUAGCAUUGUGCCAACAUUCCCGUCCUCUCAUCAUAGAAGGCAGCCACCUGUGCUUUCCACCAAUACUCUACACUGGGUUUACAACUCGUUGACUGUGCAAAUAGGUUGUCUUUAAAGUCAGCGAUUCAUGUGAGUAGAGGUGAAACUCAGGGGCAGCCAGUUACAAGCUGUAUUGUGGAUGAUCAAACAUUUCCCUUCAAAAACGCUGCAGAGUGUCGCCAAGAAUUGUCAUAAAGAAGGAACAACAUGACAGUUGUUUUAUGUGGGCUGCAUGACGUCAGGCAAAAUCUCUCACCGGGCUCUCAUACUUGGUAGGAGACACUAUUUUCUAGGCAUCCUUCUGUGCUCAAUGUACACUCAGAACUGAAAACAGCGACAUGAUGAGAUCAACAGGAAUACUAGAGACACUGCCCAACACAUUUGUGCAAAACUUCAUUGGAUUUUCACAGUGGUUUCUGUUUCGUGACCGAUCAGAACUUAUUUUCUAAAUAGCCCUCAUACACCAUUACAAUAUACUUUAGCCUUCAAGUGUGGUCAGAAAUCCAGUUUGAAUGUGCUGGAGGUGACCAUUUUUCAGAACAGAUGAUGAUGUGCAGGAGGAGGAGAAUGCAACUAGGAUUCUGUUUGUAGCAGAAGAGUUGUGUUAUGCAGUUUUGUAUUAUUCAUAUUCACUAUAGAAAUAACAUAGUGUUACGAGCGUAACAGUCUAUUCAUAAUAUACCCAAAAUACAGCAACAAACAAAAUACAGCAAAGCAGGCAAUGGUGGGCAUGCUUCAUCUUCAUCUUUAUCUUGUCCAUCGGCACUGACAGAUACUGUCAUAAAAUGGUUUCAACUCAACAGAUUUGUAUUGUAAAAUUUUCUUUACAUCAUCUUGUGAAUGUUGAGCACUUCUGUUGCUGGGACAUGACCCCCUGUUAUACCAUCAACAUGUACUUAAUUCGAAAAACAGUGAGCAUGGCUCCUUUGUCAACUCACCGAUUCAUAUAUUGCCUAUAACAUGUUCAUGUUAUUGCAGAAAUGUAUAAAUAAUUUAAGGAGUAAAGAUAACAACUCUCCAAGUAAUUGAGGUGCUAAGGCAUCACAAUCACAGAAACAAGAGUGAGAGUGUUGCUAACACUUGGAUGAAUCGUCCUUCAGAGCUGCAGUUUGUGUUUGUACACACACACACACACACACACACACACACACACACACACACACACACAAAGUGUGGACACAUUGAAUAGGCUAGAUCACCACUGAGAUACACAUGUACUCUACUGCUCAAAUUCAGCUGAAAGCUAGCAACAAUAUCAUUUUUAUAUCUUUAUGUAUUGACGUAUUAAUGUUUUAAACAUGUGCCAUGAAAAAGUGAGUGAACAUACUGACAAAUCCAAAGUUACUUCUAAUUUUAUUGAGAGUAAUCUUCUGUGAUUUCCCACUAAUGCACAUAAUAUACUGGCUGAAUAACAUAUGUAAAAUCAAUGAAACUGCUGUCCAUACGUGCCCAGUUUGCCAUUUUAUGAGACUGCUACUUGGUAGACGUAUUACAUCAGUUCAAGUGUUGUAUGCAUUUAAUUUGCAUUUAAUGGGAAACUUCAUGCCACACUGUCUCUCCUAGUCAACAAGAAAUCUGAUAUUACACAUUGGCCUAAGUACCACAUAUGGAUUCUGCCAUUCAGACUUGAAGUGUUUGUUAUCUCUCUUUAGUGGCAGUUAAGAUGAAUGAACCACUAUUAUAAACUUCGUAUAAAUAUUUUUGUUACUUUUAUUUUAUAUUGAUUACAAUGUUCUUUUUGUAAAGAAAUGAACAAAGAUAUUUUAAAUAAACAGCUACGAGAGACA